GAUAACUUAGACAAAGAUCAAAAGAUCAGAAAACGAUUGAGCACGAACGAGAAGGAGAAAUGGUAGCCGUGGGAGAAUCACUACUACAAGAAGCGGGAGCUAAAGGCCAGGAGGGUUUUAAUGACCACCACCCUCGUCGUCGUCGCGAAAAGAAAUGGACGAAAUGGGACAAAAUCGCCGUCGUGAGCGUUUCCGCGACGCAUCUGCUGGGCUUUUGCGGUCUGUUUUGCUUCAGCUGGAGUCGGUUCGGGGCCGCGCUUUUGAUCGGGAUCGUAACGAGCCUCUUCGGCAUCAACCUCAGUUACCACAGGCAUCUCACCCACAAGAGCUUCAAGCUCCCCAAGUGGCUUGAAUAUUCGUUUGCUUAUUGCGGCGUUCAUGCACUUCAGGGAGAUCCAUUGUCAUGGGUUAGCAACCACAGGUUUCAUCAUCAAUAUACUGAUACAGAAAGAGAUCCACAUAGCCCCGUGGUAGGGUUUUGGCAUAGUCAUAUGGGUUGGAUCUUCGACUCCUCAUCUAUCAAGGAAAAGUGUGGGAAAAGAGGGAAUGUGGGUGAUCUGGAAAAGCAAGCCUUCUAUAGGUGGAUUCGUAAAACCUACGUCAUACAUCCUCUCAGCCUUGCCAUCCUCCUCUAUUCGCUUGGUGGAUUUCCUUACAUAUGCUGGGGAAUUGGUGUGAGGGUGGUGUGUUGUUACCACGCGACAUGGUCGGUUAACUCGGCUGCUCAUAUAUGGGGAAGUCAGGAUUGGAACACCAACGAUCUGUCCAGGAACAACUGGUGGGUGGCAAUUAUGACGUUUGGGGAAGGCUGGCACAACAAUCACCAUGCAUUCAACAAUUCGGCAAGGCAUGGGCUAGAAUGGUGGCAGAUCGACGUGACUUGGUACGUCGUGAAGUUCCUUCAAGCUAUGGGGUUGGCCUAUGAUGUCAAGCUACCAACUCUGGUCCAAAGAGAGAAGAUGGCUAUCAAAAGUUGAGCAUGGAGUCUUUGUGUUGAUCAAUUGAUGACCUGAUUUCUUAUAUCCGUGGCCACGUGCAUAUCGUCGCCAAAAGUACUCUCGUUAUGUAUUAUCGAUCGUUUUUGUAUGAAUAAUCAAGUCACUAUUAAUUUAUGUAUUGUGUGAUCCAUGUGUUGAACAAUCUGGAAGAGUAAUGGAGAUUUACAGAUAGUUAUUAAUGAAAUGAU